AUGCAGCUUCACAUGCUAGUGGCGACGUUUUUGGCGACGUUUUUGGCUGCAGCCACGACAGUAGAUGCAAUUCCAGUGAACUUCUACAACCACUGCAGCACUGUUAUCGAGCUGUACAACAACACAUAUACCGAGAUGAUCAAUCCAGGCUGCAGCACGACUCGCCAUCUCGAAGAAGGAUUUAGCGGGAUGUUUCGGAACGGAUGGAAUCCUCAAGCAACUCUUGCCGAAUUUGCAGUAUCUUGGGGAUUUUUGUGGUACGACAUCAGUAUCAUCCCCACAAGUCCUCAGAGUGGACCUGACAACUGCUUGUCGCUCGAAGACUGCAAGAAACAUACUGGUGGGGUGGGUUUCAACACACCAAUUCAGAUCGCUCCGUCCGGGUGCACGACAAUCACUUGCCUGGUUGAUGGCUGCGUUGACGCCUACCAGUACCCCACGGACGACUGGAAAACACACGCAUGCCCCGACACAACACCCAACGUUGACGUGACUUUCUGCCCGGGAGGAUCUAGUGUAGUAGAGACGCCGGCACCCACCAAGCCAAAAUGCCCUCGCCGCUGUACCGCUUCACUGCGCAGUUAGCCACGUUAGAAUUUGCACCUUACGAAUAAACUAUAAGCUCUUGAUAAUUGUC